AUGGGAGAUUUACCUGUGGAACGAGUUUCUCCAGCGCCAGCGUUCCUACGCGUCGGGAUAGAUUAUUGUGGCCCGUUUGAUGUCCGUAAUUCUCAGCGCAAAGGGGAUUGGGUGAAAUGUUACAUAUGUCUAUUUGUAUGUCUUGUUGUUAAGGCUGUUCACAUAGAAGUCGUGUCCGAUCUCACGACCGAGGCCUUUAUUGCUGCCUUAAAAAGAUUCGUUGCAAGACGAGGAAAACCUGAGAGCAUAUCUUGCGACAAUGCAACUAAUUUCGUAGGUGCUCGACGAGAAUUGCGUGAACUACAUAGAUUAUUCCGAGCAGAACAGUUCAGGGAUUCCGUCGUCACAGAAGCAGCUAAGGAGGCGAUAGAGUUUAAAUUCAUUCCUGCAAAAUCACCAAAUUUCGGUGGGUUGUGGGAGGCAGCCGUCAAAUCACUCAAAGGUCACAUGCGGAGAGUAAUUGGUACCAGUAUUCUAAGACCAGAUGAAUUUCUGACAGUUGUCACCCAAAUUGAGGCCUGCCUAAACUCCAGGCCUAUCACACAGAGAUCUGGAAGCAUUGACACCGGGGAACUUUUUGAUCCAACGACCCCUUACUGCAAUUCCAGAACCGAGCUUAGCAGAAAUUCCGGAGUACAGAUUGAGUAG